AUGAGCCUGCUCGCUCGCGGCAUUUAUGGUGCUGGGGGUUACCCUCUUUAUGCAGCAGAUGGACUUCCGAUACCGCCCCUUACGUCAAGCCGCUUCUACAACCCUGAAGGGUCGUAUUUGCUGACGAUGCUUCGGCUUGCGCACUCCGUCGGCCCAAAGGUCCUGAUGCGGAAAGAUUUUUGGUUUCUCCUGCUCCUGCACUUGUGUGCAUAUGCAGCUAACAACACUGGCUACUUGGGUGAGUGGAGGCUGAGUCUUCAGGAGCUCGAGUGGUCCGACGUGGAGUUGAUGUUCAUCCUCAUGUCCUGCGCCCUGUGCUUCGCAGUGAACCAGGCAUACUCCCGAUACCUGCAAUUGGGCCACUUGGUCAGGAAGAUGAUGGACAGUGUCUACGAUUUCGCCUUCGAGGCCCGGCUGUUCUUGCGCAAGGAGAACGAACCUUAUGAUCGCCUGGGCUGCCGAUGGGCUGUGGGCUCUUUGAUCUUGGUGUUGUGCGAGAUCAGGAGGAGUUACGCCGAUGGCACAGUUCAUCAGAAGGAUCUUCUGAAGUUGGUGGAUCUCGAGUUUAUCAGGCCUGGCGAAGCAGACUUCCUGGACCCACAGAGUCUUUCAGCCAGGCAGAGGACGCUGGUCAUGAUGCACACGGCCUGCGACUGUGCAUUGCACGGUUUGCGGAGAGCAGAUGUUGCACCUGCGACGCAAAGAGAAGUCUUGCAGCGCCUGGUGGACUGCAAGUCCUACCAGCUCCAGUUGCUCGAUGCCGCGAACGCCAUGCUGCCCUUUGAGUAUUUCCACUUGUUAAGUACCCUGGUGACCCUUACCGCAGCCUACCUUGGGCUGUGCAUGGGCAUUUGUGAAUCAUGGGUCGCACCGCCUGCUUAUGCAGCCUCGCUGCUGAUCAUAUUGGGCUUGUUUGAGCUGCUGAGCAGUCUGAAUUAUCCCUUCGACGGAGUCCAUGAGGCAGACUUUCCGCUGAACAGCUGGGUCACGCACUUUCUGUCUAACCUGACCGUGUUGCUGAACUACUCGCACGGUGGCACGCGGAGCAGCUGGGAGGCUGAGCUGAAGGAAGAGGCUGCGCAUCCGGUGCAGUUUCCGCUUACAGAGGAGCAGGUGAACUCCAUCCUCUCGGGCGAUGACAGGCGAUUUCCUCAGAAUCAGGCAGCCUACUCAGCUUCGCAGGGCGGGCAGGGGUUGGCAUCUGUCGGCGGAUCUGCAAAAGCUGUCCGCUUCGAGUCGCAAGCUGAAGUUCCAUGGUACAAAGCGGCCAUGGGCUACACGGCUGUGCACACAGAGGAGGUCGAUGGCGCGCAUGGUGCGCCAUUGCUCGACAAUGGAGGGCCUGGCGACUUUCUGGGAAGAAUGGGUCAAGCACUCGGCAUCACUUCAGAACCAGGCAACCAAAGCCGCGACAUGCAUGCGGAGGAGCGCAGCAGGCGUGCUUUCUGGUAA